AUGAUGGACUUUGUUUUUGUUUUUGUUUUUGCGGAGUGCAAACUUAGGGAGUGUGCCUUCCUUGUGUAAAAAGGUUGAAGCCUUAUCAGGUUUGACCGUAUGGAUUUACCUUCAAUGGCCUUGAUCUGUUAUAUGCAGGCUUGCUGUCAUUAUGCACUGAAGCUCUUACAUCUGUGUGCCUAACCAAAUGGUUUCAAAAUUAAAUGGACUUCUAGUGAGAUUUCGUUUCAGUUUGACAAUUCGCCCUGGUUUAAUUGAUGUGGAUUCAUUAUGUAUAGAUUCAUACUUCAUCUGUAACCUGGUUGAUCAUCGUUUAACCUUAAGCUGGUUCAUCGUCCUGUUUAACCUUGUCACGAUGCCUUUGUAUGCUAAUGUUUAGAAAUAAUUUGUUCAAGAAUGAUCCUAAAGGGUGUUGUUCAUUUCUGCAAUUCUUCAACAGGCCAACUAGAACUUGGUCUCUUUAUUCUUAUCUUUCACUGAGUUAUUUACAAGUUCCGGUACAAUUGAAUGAUCUGAAUCUACUCCGAUGCUCUAUACAAACGACCAAUGGAGCCCUUAGUUCAUCGCAACAAGCUUGGUCUUCCUAAAUUUUGUUUUAACUGAUUUGUUCUUGAUCUUAAAAACAAAACCAAAUUAGCUGGACAAAUCAUGUAUGCAUAUAUGUUUUGGUUUAAAUCUGCUUGUCGGACUCGGACCACGUCCUUUCUCAUCUUUUUUUAUCUCAACCAUGUCCAAUUCGUCACCUCAAACGUCAUUUGUUUUCCUCCCAAUCCCUUAUUUAAACUCUUGAUAUACUAUCGCCACCUUACAUCUCCCAACAUUAUCGAGUGUUUUACUUUCACUUCACUGCGCUACCUGAAGCUCACCAAUCUAUUAUAUUUUCGUAACUCGCAACUAAUCCGAGCUCCAGCGCGCGCCUCCAUACCCGCAACCACCGCCAUGACGCAACACCGCUUCAUUAUGGUAACAUUUCCCACUCAAGGCCACAUCAAUCCUUCCCUCCAAUUCGCCAAGCGUCUCAUUCGCAUCACCGGUGUACAUGUAACAUUUGUCACGUCCCUCUCCGCCCACCACCGCAUUGGCAAUAGCAUUAGUACUCCUAGUGGCUUGACCUUCGCCUCCUUUUCCGACGGAUAUGACCGAGGGUUAAAGUCCGGGGACGAUCUUCAGCACUUCAUGUCCGAGCUAAAGCGUCGUGGCAAGCAAGCGAUCACGGAUCUUGUAGUGUCUAGUGCAAGCGAGGACCACCCUUACACUUGCCUAUUGUUCGCCUUACUUCUUCCUUGGGUGGCGGAACUGGCACGUGAACUCCACCUCCCAACCGCGCUCCUUUGGAUUCAGCCAGCCACAGUUUUCGAUAUAUACUACUACUACUUCAACGGCUACAAAGAUCUCAUCAACAACAAUACUGCUGCUGAUAGUGACCCUUCCUAUGCAGUAGAAAUACCAGGAUUGCCGCUAGCGCUGAAGAGCCGCGACCUUCCUUCCUUCAUUGUUGCUACGAAUCCGUACAACGGAGCUGUCCAAUUGUUCGAAGAACAGUUCGAGAAGCUCGGACAAGAAAGCAGGCCAAUCAUACUAGUGAACACGUUUGAUGCACUAGAACCGGAGGCGUUAAAAGCAAUAGACAGGUACAACUUGAUCGGAAUCGGACCUUUAAUGCCAUCGGCUUUCUUGGACGGCAAGGACCAGUCCGAUAAAUCAUUCGGAGGCGAUCUUUUCCAGAAGUCGAAGGAGUCAGCGUACCUGGAAUGGCUGAACUCAAAGCCAAAAGAGUCUGUCGUCUACGUCUCGUUUGGGAGCAUUUCCGUCCUGUCCAAGAUUCAAAUGGAGGAAAUUGCAAAAGGGUUGUUGGAUUCCGGACGUCCGUUUCUGUGGGUGAUUAGAGAAAACGAAAAGAGUGGACAAGGUAAGGAAGAGAAAGAAGACGAGGAGCUGAGUUGCAGAGAGGAACUAGAAGAGCUUGGGAUGAUAGUCCCGUGGUGUAGUCAAGUGGAGGUUCUUUCAAAUCUGACGCGGGCGGAAAAUCCUUCAUUGGGUUGUUUUGUGACACAUUGUGGGUGGAAUUCAAGCUUGGAGAGUUUGGUUUGUGGGGUACCAGUGGUGGCAUUUCCCCAGUGGACAGACCAAGGCACAAAUGCCAAGUUGAUAGAGGACAUGUGGAAAACAGGGGUGAGGGUAGCACCGAAUGCGGAGGGUGUUGUUGUGGGUGAGGAGCUCAAGAGGUGUCUGGAUUUGGUCAUGGGAAGUGAAGAGUUGAGAAGCAAUGCUAAGAAAUGGAAGGAGUUGGCAAGAGAGGCUGUGAGUGAAGGUGGAUCUUCCGAUAACAAUCUCAAGGCAUUUUUGGAUGACAUUGGACGUGGCUAUUUGCUAGCCUAAAGCGAUUAAUGCCUAUCUACUGCAAAAAAUAAAAUCGAUUGCAUAUGAAAUUCAAUAUAUUUAUAUUGACAUUUGGUCAUAUAUAUUGAUGGAAAAUUAUAAGUUUAUGUUUAAUUUCAGUGACUAUUCUUAUUGAAUAUAUAGAUUGCAUGAUGAUGUUUGACGAA